CAAAUUUUGCUUGACCAGAAUCUACAAAUUUAGUAAUUAAAAUAUCAUUAGUCUAACUAACACGGCGUGCGACUUCGAAUCUCUUAGUGAAAAUUUAAGAUACCACUUUCUUCUAAGACACCUGUUGCUUGUCUUUUAAAACCAACCUCAUGGAACCCUUAAAACUCGCUAAGGUGGUAAUUCCACCCUAUACCAAGGUUUUGGACAAAUCGUUGUUUGAAAAGCUAUUCCGUCUUGUUGCUGCCAAAGUUACGCCGCAUCAAGUUGGCUUGUUAAACAAAAAUUACCAGUCAGCUCUGCUCAAUUGGCCUCGGGUGAAGCGAGUAUUUGACGCGGAUAAUGAGAAAUUGGUUUUAUUAAGUCCCGAGUUUGAUAUAGAUGACUUUACUGGACAAUACAAGCAGAUAAAUUCUUUCUUCAAGGAGAAUGAUAUCCAUUUGGUGCCAUAUCUUCUUUAUUUAGACUAUAACUAUUGGAGAGCUGACGAGAUUUUGGAUGCAUUUCUUCCUGACGCACAAAAGGAGGAUCACCCAUCUGGUUUUACUGCCGUGGGACAUAUUGCUCAUAUGAAUCUUCGCGAUGAGUGGCUUCCUUUCAAGUAUUUGAUCGGCCAAGUUAUCCUGGACAAGAACCCAUCUAUUAAGACUGUUGUCAACAAAACUGCAACUAUUGACACAAAAUUCCGAACUUUUAGUAUGGAAGUUUUGGCUGGUGAAGAUAACUUUAUCGUUACACAGCACGAAUCCGGCUGUAGAUUCCGCUUUGACUUUUCGAAAGUGUAUUGGAAUUCCCGCUUGAGCACAGAGCAUGAUCGCUUAAUUCAACAAUUUCAACCGGGUGAAGCUGUUUGUGAUGUAAUGGCUGGUGUGGGACCUUUUGCUUGUCCCGCAGGAAAGAAGCAAGUGAUUGUUUUUGCCAACGAUUUAAAUCCUCACAGUUACGAGAGUCUUGUACAAAAUGUUACCCUUAACAAGGUUGAUGCGUUUGUUAAACCUUUUAUGAAGGAUGGACGAGAGUUUAUUAAACAAUCAACUGAUGAACUUUUGUCAUUUUCAAAGACCGGCCCUAUCCAUUUCUCGCCUGCUAAAAAACCCAAAGGCAAGAAAGGAGGCGAUGUCUCCACGUCCCGAGAUUUCGUUAUUCCUCCAGUGUUUCAGCAUUACGUAAUGAAUCUUCCUGGCUCUGCAUUGGAAUUUCUUGAUGCUUUUCGUGGAUGUUACGCAGGAAAAGAAGAUCUGUUUAAGGAUUACCCACUUCCCAAGGUUCAUGUCCAUUGUUUCUGUCGUUACGACCCUCCGACUGAAGAUUUGUUGAACCGUAUUUACGAAUCUUUGGGUCACAGAUUUGAAGCAUCUGAGGUUACAAUGCAUUUCGUGCGCAAGGUCGCACCAAAAAAGGACAUGUAUUGCUGUACUUUUACUCUUCCUGCUAGUGUCAUAUUCGCAAAAGACUGAAUGCAGAACAGCACAUCUCAUACACUUUAAAAGUAUUGUUUUUGAUUGUUAAUGUCACUUUUUAGUGUCAUUUUGUAGCGCCAUACAGGUUCAGAUUUUUUUGAUAGAAAGGGUAAAUAACAAUUAUUAAAUAAAUGGAAACAAAACAUAGAGAGGUCUUAACACAACCCCUCGCAACAUAGCGAGCAAGUCUAUAACAAUAUGAACGAGGCAAAGAAUCAAAAUUUAAAAUUCCAUUUCGGAUAUCGGCG